AUGAUGCACAUGACGCUGUAUUGGGGGAUCCAAGUCACGCUUCUCCUCGACUCCUGGAAAACCGACUCCUUGCUCUCUUACCUCCUCACUUUACUAGCCUGUUUCCUCUUCGCCGCCUUUUACCAGUACAUGGAAGAUCGCCGCAUCCGGCUCAAGGCCUCCACCAGUUCUUCUUCCUCGCCGUCCCCGGUCAACGCUCCUCUCCUGCUCCCCAAGCCCGCCACGGGUCCGACUCGCCUCGCCGGAGCGAUCUUGUUUGGGGUGAACUCGGCGAUGGGGUACUUGCUGAUGCUGGCCAUCAUGUCUUUCAACGGCGGCGUCUUCCUCGCCAUCGUUCUCGGCCUGUCGCUCGGUUAUCUCCUCUUCAGGAGUGGAGACAACCAGGAGCCGGAGAUCCUUCUCGUAGAUAAUAAUACCUGCGCUUGUGCCUGA